UACCAGUAUGCAGUUUGAGUGGGGGAGAGAACUGCCAGCAGCGUUCUAGGUCUUCUCAUGUUGGUUUCCUGUUUCACUGUGUGUCACAUGGGUGUGCAUGUCCAGCAACAGGACCCAGCUAGUAUUUUGGCCACGAGUUGGCUCAAUCGACUCAGAAGAGGAGAAAAGUAGGAGUGAUAAGGAAAAUAUGAGUCGGGAUAGGUCACCUGCAGAUGAGGGCAGUGAACCAGAAAGUGAAGCUCAAUUCUAUUCAUCUGAACCAAAACUACCUAAUAUGCCAGAGAAGCUGUUCAAAGUAAUCAUCAUUGGUGAUCCAACUGUUGGGAAAACAUCAUUUGUGCAGCGUUAUGUGCAAAAUACGUAUAAGAAAGACUACAAGGGGACUGUAGGUGUGGACUUUGCUUUGAAAAUUCUGAAGUGGUCUGAGACACAGACAAUAAAACUCCAGCUUUGGGAUAUAGCUGGGCAAGAGCGAUUUACAUGGAUGACUAGAGUUUACUAUAAAGAUGCUGAUGGCUGUGUUAUAAUGUUUGAUUUAACAAACAAAAAUUCUUUUGUAAAUACACUCAAAUGGAAGAGAGAUGUUGACUCAAAGUGUAGUCUUCCAGAUGGUAGCCCUAUUCCGUGCAUGCUGCUAGCCAACAAGUGUGAUUUACCACAUCGCCAAGUUGAGCAAAUGGAAAUAGAAUCAUUUUACAAGGAGCACAAUUUCAUUGGUUGGACAGAAACUUCUGCCAAAGAGGGCCUCAUGGUGAAUGAUUCUAUGAAGUUUUUGGUUGAUGUCAUUAUGAGACAAGAAGAAAUGCCAGGUAGUGCUGCAUCGGUGCUUUCAGAAAGUUUGCGGUUGACAGGACCUGUACCACAACCACCAAAAAGUUGUUCAUGUUAGUAAGUAAUGUAAUAUCAUUUUACUUUACAGGAGGCCAGUUUGUUCAAGGUAUUUAAGAAAACGAAUUUUUAAAAUCGCCAUUCAUAAGAAGCAGAUGCAGCUGAUGGUGUCUACUUCAAACUGUUGUGGUGUUCAUAGCAGCUGAGAACUUUCUGCAUUUAGGUGGGCCAUGUAGUUGUCAUACCUUAGAGUACAUGACCAUGGCCACUGUUGUUCCCAAAGCAUUUAAUCUAGCAGGAGCUAGUUUAUAAAUGCUGAACAGCUGCUGUAUUGUGUGUGUGGGCGCGUGCAUGCUUGUGCUUUGGAGCAUAAAAUGCCCAUUCUGUCGAUGAAAUCCAAUUCCAUACUGCACGUUACAUAAUCGUUCCACAGCUGAAACAUUAGCUUUCGUUAAUGUGAACAUUUUUGGUUGUGUGAACAAUAUAUUUUGAGAAAUAUAACUACCUGUCAUCAUUGGCAGUUAGCAUUUUUUGCAUAGCGUAUUGCUGCUUGCUGUUAUGGUAGGAAGCGUGGUUAUCAAUAGUUAUUCAUCCAAUUCUGGGAGCAAUGUGCAGCUGUGUCAGUGUUUUAAGAAUUAAGCCACUACUUGUGCCAAAAUCGUGUAUUUGUUGUACUCAUUUCUGGUGCAGCAUUUUAAAAGCAAGAAUUUUAAGGGUUACCCGCAAUUGGGACUAAUUACAUUUUGCUCAGAAAUAUUACGUUACAAAUAGAAUUAAAAGCAAAUACAGCCUUGCUCAACUACCUCUGUAACUUCUAAAUUGGGAAGCAUUAUCUAAUAAAACAUUGUUUUUUUUUAAUUAAAAUUGUGAUUUGUGGAGGUUUCUUUGCAUUUUAUAAAUGCAGAAAAUGGCAAAGAAAUUACUUUUAAUAGUAUCUUAUAGUUAAAGUGUGAAUAAUGCUUUAUUUCUGUAAAAGUGACACAACAAAACCUUAGCUACCAGCUGGAAAGUUAUGUAGUUAUAGAACCUUAAAGCUACAUGAGAAAUUAGUAUUAUGGCAAAAUUAUUAUCAAAGAAAUAAUGCAUAGAUGGUUAUCAAUACAAACUGCAUUUAUUCUGCCAUAUUUCUGGCUUUGUUACACACAUUUAAAUUGGUGAUUCUCUCCACCACCCAUUUUUGUUACUAGUUUCAUAAUACAUCCAGUCAGUUUUAACAUGUUACUGCCACACACCAGACUACACCAUGGUGUCAAGUGUAGGGCUGUGCUAUGGCCACUUGUGGCCUCAUGCCAGUCAAUAUGUUAAAUGAUGGCAUCUUACACAUAACUUAAUUUUUCUUUGUUUCUCUAUUACUUGCUCUUAGAGGUGCCCAAUGACAGGUCACAUCAUUUAACAAUUUUUAGCUGCCACUUCCUACUGCCCCGAUGUCAUUUAUCAAUAACAUAAACGACCACUGUGAGUGUAUUAUUAACCCUUAACAUCUUAUUAAUGCAUUAACAAGUUUUUGCAUGGUUUGAAUAAAAAUGUUCUUCCAUUUGUGCUUUAAAAUACCUUUAACAUAAACACAUUGAAUUAUUAUCUUUUUAAACUUCCAUUAAAAUGUUUGGUGGUGGCCAUUAUUUUCAGAUGCGUUGGUACUGACUUCUGCAAAAAAGCACCCAUCUUCAUAAUGUAAUAGGUAUUACACAGUGGUAAUUUCAUUCAGACAUAUUCAUUAAGUGUUUGAUUUAUAGGCCCUUUUAAAAUAUCUGACUUUUCUUUGACUUUCAUCUUGUUCAAGUAAUUAGAGAAUUUAUGCAUUCAAGAUGUUCUUUCUGAGCCACAUUUGUAGGAAAUUAAGCUAAAUUUCCGUUAGUGACUCUCUAAUACCUUUUUUAUGGACUGAGAUUAUUUAACCAGUUCUUCAUUAUUUGUUGUAUUAAUGCAAUAUAUUUUAUUUAUAUCAGUUGUUAAUCUUUGUGUAUAUUUCAAAAAAAAAUCUGUUAUUGUCAUGUAAAUACUUCAUUUGAUUUAUGAUAAAAGAAAUAUUCAUCUUUUUUCUCUACCAAGCUCAAGAAAAGUUUCUUCAUUAAUAAAAUCAUUUGCAUUGGUCUGUGUAAUUUUAUUUUUGUAACAAGAGUGGAGUGUAUUAUAUUGAAUAACAGUGCCCAUUUUUUUCUCUCAUAUAAGUGUAUGCUAUCACCAUAGCCCAGGAUUUCUGCAAAUAAUGUGUAAACACAAUUGCCACUUCAGCACUCAUGUGAUUUCUGAAUAAUCUGUGAUAGCACAUUAUCUUUUUAUACAGAUGGCUUGUAACUGUCUCUUACAGAAUUUUAUACUGUGGUAGAAUGCACAUAGUGGUAUUUGAGGUUAACAUGCCAUUGUCUUCAUUUUCUACUGAAUGCAUAUUUAUGUAGAUUGAAACCAGAGACCACAAUUUAAAACAGCUCUCUAUUUAAUGCUUUGCUUAGAUCUGAAGGCAACUUUUUAAAAAGUUGUGAAAAAUUUUGUGCAUUUUAUACUCUUGUUAAUUUUUAAUGUUUUUAAC